UUGGAAUAUAUGUAUAAAUGCAGAAUAUCAAGUGCGCUGAUAAAUGGUUUUCAUGGCCGUAACGGAACUCUAUAUCAUCCAUAUAGUGCUUGAAAACUUGUUUUGGAAAUGGUCAUAUUUGGACAGCAUCCCAUAUUAAAAUAUGCAUAAUUUUUUCCUACAUACCAAACGAGAAUUUUUAUUAUGUUCAACUUCAAAAGAACUUGGAACUUUUUCACUCCUUCUACUUCGUAAACAUAAACAUUUGCGAUAUUGAGUAUAAUAUCAAAUUGGUUAUAAGAAAUUCGACAUGUGUUCUAGGCAACAAAUUUUAGUGUCAUUAAUUUGUAUCAACUUAUUAUGUUUGCAAACAAAUACUUGCGCAAAAAACAUUAGCCAAUUACCAAUUGGAGAUGAUUCAGAAAAUUAUAGCUUUUUAAUAACCGGCGGUUAUCGUCCUAAAAAAGAUACUUUGAGAAAAUAUGUUGUGUCCAUACGCAGUAGCAAAUAUAAUUAUUUUUUUGGUGAUGAUCACAAAUGUGGUGGCUCCAUUAUCACACCCAAAAUUAUUCUUACCGCAGCCCAUUGUGUUUGUAGAAGGGGUACUCGAUUACGUUUGAAGCCGUCAGAUUUAUCGGUUGUAGCUGGUACACCGAGGCGUUUAUUAGCCACUGAAACUACACAAUUAUUAAAGGUUGAUAAAAUCACUAGACACGAAUACUACAUGCCCAAAACUUUUCGAAAUGAUAUUGGUUUGUUACGGUUGGCAAAAAAUAUAUACAUAGAUGGUGUUUCAACACAGAGAAUUGAGCUUCAGACACAUACAUUACCUCCUUAUACCAAAUGCACGGUGGCUGGAUGGGGUCGAGUUUUUUUCAAAGGACCAAUGCCCGAUUUAAUAUUACAUGUUGAUAUCUAUAUUUUGCCAGACGAAUAUUGUAAAUCUAGAACUAAUAACUUUGCUUUUGGCAUGAUGUGUGCUGGCGAUGAGAAUGAUUAUGAGAAAGAUGCAUGCAGUGCUGAUUCUGGUGGUCCGCUGAUAUGUGAUGGAAAGGUAACGGGUAUUGUGUCAUUCGGUCUUAGUUGUGCGCUGCCCGAUAAUGCUGGAUAUUAUGCAAAUGUGUCUUCGUAUAUUGAUUGGAUUCGCAAGAAUGGAAUCAGUAAAUUAAAACCCGAAAACUUAAUUUCACUAAUUGUAUUGCAAAUUUGCAUGUUCAAAGGCGUCUAAAUAAAAAACUAUCUAAAUGA